AUGGCUGAAGUCCACGGUGAUUGUGACCCCACAUUCAACUCUGUUCGCCAGCUUCUACAGUCGCGGAUCGCUAGUGGAGAUGAAAUUGGCGCAUCUCUUUGCAUCAACAUCGACGGAAAGAACGUCGUCGACUUAUGGGGUGGCCACGCUGACGAAGCCCACACUCGGUCCUGGGAGAAGGAUACUAUCACGGUGAUCUGGUCUUCCUCCAAGGUUGUGACCAACUUAGCUGCCAACAUCCUUGCUGAUCGCGGCCUACUCGACGUCAAUGAAAAGGUAGCCACCUACUGGCCAGAAUUCGCAGCCAACGGCAAAGAAAACGUCAAGGUUUCUCAUAUUCUGAGCCAUACCGCCGGUGUGUCAAGUUGGCCGCCUGGAACAACCAUGGAUGAAAUUCUCGAUGUCGAGGGGGCGACGAAGAAACUUGCAGAGAUGGCCCCCUUGUGGACACCGGGUGAACUCCUUGGGUAUCACCUGGUUACGCAGGGUCAUCUGGUCGGCGAAAUUGUGCGGCGCGUCACCGGCAAAACUUUGAAUCAAUUCAUCGUCGACGAGAUAGCAACUCCCUUGGGCGCAGACUUUCGUCUGGGCCUGCCGGAGGAUCUGUGGUCACGCGCGGCCGAUAUUGUACCCUUCACUCCGAGUCCACUUCCAGCUAUCGAUCCUGAGAGUAUUGCUGCGAAGUCAUAUGCAGGGACGCCCGCGGUUCCCGGUGCGCCCAACACUCCUGCUUUCAGGGCACAAGAGCUGGGAGCCAUAGGCGGCUUCUCGAAUGCUCGUGCUUUGGCUCGUAUCGGCUCGAUCGUGUCUCUCAAUGGUACCGUGGAUGGAAAGCAAUAUCUUUCUCCCAAGAGUAUUGAGAACAUGAUGCAGGAGCAAAUUGCCGGGGUUGAUGCGGUCUUAUACCACUACCUCCGUUUUGGCCUUGGUGUUGCUCUGCCUGUGCCACAGACUUUUCCCUGGAUCCCAGAUGGUCGUCGUAUCUGCUUCUGGGGUGGUUGGGGCGGGUCGUUCUUGCUAAUGGAUCUGGAUCGCCGGAUGACUAUUGGGUAUGUGAUGAACAAGAUGCAUCAAGUCAUCAUGGGCAAUGAGAGAACCACCCACGACUAUGUCAGAGAGAUUUACAAGGUGGUCGAUCAACUAAAGUAG